CACGAGUCUGAUAAACAAGUGAUUGAUUCCGCAACCUUGCUCUCAUUAUGAAGCUCUUUGCGAUUGGAGACCUACAUCUUAGCUAUGAGCUGAACCGAAAAGCGCUGAGACAGUUAAGGCCGCAUCCCGAUGAUGGGCUCAUCCUCUGUGGGGACGUGGGUGAGACGGCGGCUCACCUCGAGCUCGCAUUUGAGGCCGCCAAGCAAAAUUUCAAGGAAGUGUUCUGGUGUCCAGGCAACCACGAACUAUACACGAUGCCGACCCAGACGACACUCAAGGGCGAGGAAAAGUACGCCGAGUGCGUAGAGGUCGCGCGCAAACACGGUGUGAGGACACCUGAGGACGAUUUCUUCCGGUGGGAGGGCGCAGGUGGGCCCGCCAUCGUUGUACCUAUCUUCACCCUGUACGACUACAGCUUCCGGCCGGCCCAUGUCAAGCGAGAGGAUGCCAUCAAGUGGGCUGAGGAGGAAGAUACGGUCGCCACGGAUGAAUACCUUAUUCAUCCCGAUCCUCACCCUUCGCGAGAGGCAUGGUGUGACGCUCUGGUGGCAAGGACGGAGCAAAAACUCCACGAGGCGGCACAGGAGGGGAUACCACUCAUCAUCGCAAACCACUGGCCGCUGCGGCAAGAUCUCGUACAUAUUCCACGGGUACCGCGCUUUAUCCUCUGGUGCGGGACUAAGCAGACUGAGAAUUGGCAUACCAAGUUCAAUGCAAAAGUCGUGGUCUCCGGGCAUUUGCAUGUGCCACGAACAGACUGGAAGGACGGUGUCCGUUUCGAGGAAUGCAGUCUGGGAUACCCUAGACAGUGGGAGGAUGUGAGGAACAGCGGCAAGGACAUCAAUGAUCUGCUGCGAGAGGUUUUACCGGGACCGGUUGCGCCUGACACGGGAAAUGCAGAGACGAAAUGGAGGCGAUGGGGUUGAUAAACCCGCUCAGAACCUCCUGGUUGCUUGUAUAAACACUUCGACUUCGUUAAGCGGCACCCAUCAUAAUACGCGAUGUUUUCUGAUAUUUAACGUCAGAAGCUCUUACGCGACGUUAUAAAACUACGUGGAUUAGGAUGUAUACAACAACAGAGUAACAUGAGACGCACCAUACCCGUAGUCUAAAGUGACAGCAGAAGAUCUUAUUCGAUGGGGCUAUAAAUAAGUAUGGAAUAAGAUGUAAAUGACAAACAAUAGAUGAACAUGAGACGCAC